AACUCUCUCUAUCUGUCAAGUGGGCUUUGCUGUUUUUGUCUUCCUUGGACGACUCUCUUUUGCAGAUUCUCAUAGAUUCUUCAAAGCUUUGAGUCUUUUUCAGAUUCGAAGGUCGGUUUUAUAUGCUUCAAAUCUCUCACCCAAAUCAGGUAUGGAGACUCUGCAUCCAUUCUCUCACCUACCUAUCUCUGACCACCGGUUCGUUGUUCAAGAGAUGGUGAGCUUACACAGCUCUAGCAGCAGUAGUAGCUGGACUAAAGAAGAGAACAAGAUGUUUGAACGAGCUCUUGCGAUAUAUGCUGAAGACUCGCCUGAUCGCUGGUUUAAAGUUGCUUCCAUGAUCCCUGGAAAGACUGUUUUGGAUGUUAUGAAGCAAUAUAGUAAGCUUGAAGAAGAUGUUUUCGAUAUCGAAGCAGGACGUGUUCCCAUUCCUGGUUACCCUGCAGCUUCUUCUCCCUUGGCGUUUGAUCCUGACACGUGUCGCAAACGGCCUAAUGGAGCCAGAGGAUCUGAUCAAGAUCGAAAGAAAGGAGUCCCUUGGACAGAGGAAGAACACAGGAGAUUCUUGUUAGGGCUUCUCAAGUACUGUAUCCAUGACAUCACAACCGGCAAUCUUCUCAAUGCCAAUCUCAACCGUUCCUUUUCCGAUCACACAGAUAUCCUCCCUGAUUUAGGGUUUAUCGACAAGGAUAAUGCUGAGGAGGGAGUAAUAUUUAUGGGUCAGAAUCUAUCUUCAGAAAACCUGUUUUCUCCAUCACCAACUUCAUUCGAAGCUGCCAUUAACUUCGCUGGACAAAAUGCUUUCAGUGCCGGAGCUUAAGGUAACAUAGAAUAUAUCCCCCAACUCAGCGUUCUAAAGAAGUUGAGUUUUGAAACUGUAAUUAGCGGAUUAUAAGCAAAACCCAAGUUUAUUUUAUGUAUUGUAAUUGUGUUGUUUAAGAAGCAAGAAUUUGUUUUUUUUACAUGAAUGUGACUCUGUGUUUUUGUGUGUUAUAUCUACUAAAUACCUAUUAAAUUA